ACCACUGGAGUGGAAAACAAUGAUGACGUUUACGUUUGACGACCCGACCGUCGUGCAUUCGUAUAUUUCUUACAAAUCCGUGAAUAUUUACACGUUGUAGGUGUAUUGUUGGAAUUAAAAUAAUAAUAAUGGUUGUCGAGGAGCCAAGUCCAAAUAAUGUAGAGACUGUGGAGAAAAAUGACAGCAGCACUCUGGUGUCGGAACCAGCGAAAAUCUUCACAGUAGAAAUUUUGCAUAUGAUUAAGGAUGCCCAACAACAACAUGGUCUCCGACACGGUGAUUAUCAACGAUAUCGUGGCUACUGUACACGCCGCAUACGACGUCUGCGCAAGGCAUUAAAGUAUCCCCAAGGCGACAAGCGUCACUUUAAGCGUCGCGAUGUAACGUUAUCCCAACUGACAGGGAAAAAAGCAGAUGAGCGUUUCAUACAUAUACCACUGAUCAGUGCGGAGCGUGCCUGGGCCUAUGCCAUGCAGCUGAAACAGGAGGCCAAUACGGAACCGCGAAAGCGCUUCCAUUUGAUUAACAAGUUGCGACGCGCCUGCUUCUAUGCUCUUCAGUUACAAGAGUUGUGCAAUACGGAGGCAUUCGAUGCACGCACGAAACUUGAGUGCGAGGCAUAUGUGGCCUGGAUGCAUGGUACAUUGCACUUUGACCUGCAAUUGUGGAAGUCGGCUGGUGAGCAUUUAAAACGUGCCCAGGUGGUAUAUGAGAACUUGGCGAAGGCGCUGCCCGACGACGAUCAGGAGCUGUAUCGUGCCAAGGUGAAUGAGUUUACUCCCAAUUUGCGCUACUGUGCGUAUAACAUUAGCGGUGGUGCUAGUGGCGGCAAAAUCGACGAAAUACUCGAACUGCGUGCACAAGGUGUUUUGGAGAACUUGGACGUGCUGGUUAGUCAAACAAAAUCGGAGAGUAGCGAGGGACUCCAGACGAUCGAUUGGCGUGGUCGCAAGGUAACCGUGCGUCCCGAAAAGGUACGACUGUUUUUGCUUAGCGCCCAGGAACUGGACAAAUCACUGGCCAAGACAACCAAACUGGACGCCAAGAUUGAGCUAAUCGAACGCAUAUUGAUGGAUUGUAAGGAUGCCAUACAGGCAGUGCGCGACGAGAUUAAGCAGGAUCCCAAGCUACGCUCUCUGACCACAGGUCAAACUGUUUCAGGAGUGCAAUAUUUGCUCGCAUACUUGAGCUACAUACGUCAUAGCCGCACACUACAGCGCAAUUUGUGUUUAGUUGAUCAGGCCAAGUUGAACUUUGAUGACCCCAAUCAACAGAAAACCCAAGCUCAAACCGAAGGAAAACGCGUACGUCCGCAGGAUUUGGCACGUCUGUACGAGAUCAUCUUGCAGAAUGUCACCGAAAUGCAGCAAAUCAGCGGCAUGGAAGAGGAUGCUCAAUAUCAGAGCGAAGUGGCCAACCUAGCGCUUACAUUUAAAGCCUUCCGCUGCUAUUAUAUUGCACUCACUCUAAUUGAUAUGAAAAAGUGGAAGGAAGCAGUGGCGCUGUACGAACGCGCCUCCAACUAUGCCAACGAUGCACUUAAGGGCAAAUCGUGUGCUGAAUUUGAACUCCAAUCGGAGCUAAAGAAAAUUGUUUCUUCAAUCGAUGGCAGCAAGUUCUCAGCUCAUGCGUAUAGCGUGCUGGAAGAUGACAAUAGCGAGGAUGCCAGUGGCGUAACCACUAAAUCGCAGAAGACAACGAAACCGUUGUACGAACGCCUCUCACAAUAUAAGGAGGACCAAUCGCUGCAUACCCGGGCGCCCAAUGUGUUCAAACUGACGCCCGAUAUGGAGCCCAUACCAUGCAAACCCCUGUUUUUCGAUCUGGCUAUGAACUACUUGGAACUACCAUCCCUGGAGGAUAAGCUCGAAUCGCCUGGAAAGAAGGGUGCCUCUAUUACGGGCUUUGUCAAAGGUUUUCUUGGCUGGGGCGGAGGUGGCAAUAAGUGAGACGCUUGCUGAAUACAAAGUCUACGCCCCCUAUCAUGAAAUUCCAUGUUUGCUUUUAUAGGAACGCCCAACAAGCUUGUCCUUUUAUUUGUUUUUUCUUUUAGAUCUUGGCUUUUUUAUUAUAGAUACCAACAACCAGCCAACACAGAACAUUUAUCAACAAAAUUCGUUUAAGUUACAAUAGUGAGGAAUUAUUGGUAAUAAAGGAAGCAACAAAUGCUGCAA